CAAAGUUACCCAGAGACAACGGCUGACGGCGUAUGACCUGAUCUAUUUGAUAUAGUUGAGAAGGAACGCUCAUCCUAUAAAACUAGGCUGCUUCCUCAGACCUAGGGUAUUAGUGUGAGAAAAGUAGCCGGAAUGGGGAGUUAUCGGCCUUUCCCUGCCCUAGUGGCUCUAGUGAUGCUCUGUGUAUCCACAACCAUCGACGCCUACUGCUAUCCCGGCAUGCCUUGUUUUCCAUCCAAUGAGGAGCAGGUCAAAUUAUCUGUAGCAAUGAAAGGCCAUGUAGUGUUUCCAUAUCAACCGGAAUAUGACGCAUUAGUGAUCAUGCAGAACGUCAGAGUUACUAAAUUCCCACACUCUAUAGCAACUCCUUUUUCGACGGAAGAAGUCCAGAUGGCGCUUGCGUUUGCCCGCCAGUACAACCUUAGUGUGACUGUAAUAUCGUCCGGCCACGACUACUUCGGGAGAUCAACAGGAGACGGAAGCUUCCAGAUCAGUUUGAGAAACAUUUCCGAUAUCGAUGUCAACUUGAACUCUACACGACAUCCGGACGGAGAGGUGACCAUUGGCAGUGGUGCCCCCUGGAUUAGUGUGUACGAAAAGCUUAGCAAAUACAACCGUGUGGUGGUGGGCGGAAGUGCUCACACUGUUGCUAUGGGAGGAUAUACACAUGGCGGCGGUCAUAGCCCAAUGUCCCGGAUGUUUGGCCUCGCUGUGGAUAAUCUUCUCGAAGUAGAAAUCGUGUUGGCGGAUGGUUCAAAAGCAGUUGCCUCAUCCGAGGGUACAGUUAUUACAGACACGAAUGGCAUCACCAAUCGGACGUCCGACUCGAGCCUCUUCUGGGCCUUACGGGGAGGAGGUGGAGGUACGUUCGGAAUAUCAACACAGUUCACCUUCAAAAUACACAAGGCGGCGCCAGGGGUGGUUAACCUCGAUAUAGCCUACCCAAUGAUACUGGCGAAUGGAACAUCUAUCGCUGAUGAAGUAUUGGAAAAGAUAUCUGAGAUUAUUCUCUCCGCCCCGCCAAACUGGGGAGGAUAUCUAAUGACAAACGGAUUACCAGACAAAGACACACACGGACAAAUCAGUCUGUUCGCCAACCAUUUCGGUACGUGGGACACAGCGUCUCGGAAGUAUAUGGAUAAUCUGUAUAACUUCAGACGGGAAUGGCAGAAACAUGCCAUUUAUAGGAACUAUUCCUCAUUCAUCGACUACGAGAGAACAGCCAUUGAUGGCAAAUACUACAGAACGUACAUCUCAAACAUCCUGAUGAACAAUCGGAGUUUCAGCCCCGAGUGGAGGAAAGCUAUGAUUGAUAGCGCCUUUAAGUUUCCGCUACAAAAGUCGGCGAUCCUUUCCACUGGGACGUGGGUAGGAGGAAAGGUUCAUGAAGUCGGAAUCGAUGACACAGCCGUACAUCCGGGCUUUCGAGAGUGUUACAUGUCUUUGACCACAGGAGUAGGCUGGUCCGGACUAGGUGACCACGAACAUGAAUUUGUGGCAGAGGGUCAAAAGGUCAGAGAAAAAUUGCGACCGUUCGGCUACGGGAGUUAUCGGAAUGAGGGAUCAGCUGAUUCACCUUCGUGGAAGGAUGAUUUCUGGGGGAGUAAUUACAAUCGUCUGUUGGCUAUCAAACGUGUAUAUGACCCAGCCAAUGUGUUCUCGUGUGUCGACUGCGUUGGACGAGAUAUGUAACUGUACAGUAUGACAUUCCAUAUAUGUUUUCAGAAUUAUGGAAUUGUGCAACAUGGUUGCGGAAAAUAGGAUGAUUUUAAUGUUUAUUUUUGAGAUAAUUCAGUCACAUCUUAUUCAAAUAAACAAAUGAUUUAUUUAAAAUUUAAAAUUCUUAAAGAAAACAAAUUAAACACCCGUUAUAGUUGAAGCAAGCCUA